AUGUUUCAACAAUCAUUCAUGUCGGAAUCUGAUCUCUCCUUUCUUGAUUCAAUCCAACACCACCUUCUCUACGAUUCCCAAAUCUCCGACCUUUUUCCGGCGACAGGUAGUGGACCAUCCAGCAGCGGCGCUGCAACGCUUGGGUCGGUGGUGGUUUCCGGUGGAGGCUCGGUGGUGAAGCAUGAGAUUAUAACAGAAGAGGUGGAAAACCAAGAGCUUGUCGUCGGUGCACGUGGGAAUCACGCGCCUCAGGAGUUUAGGAAGUUUCGAGGUGUCCGGCGGAGGCCAUGGGGGAAGUACGCGGCGGAGAUUAGAGACCCGGCGAAGCGUGGCGCCAGGGUGUGGCUUGGGACGUACGAGACGCCGGAGGAUGCGGCGUUGGCUUAUGAUCAAGCUGCGUAUAAGAUUCGUGGCUCUCGAGCUUUGCUGAACUUCCCGCACCUGAUCGGAACAGACAUGGCGGAGCCGGUGCGGGUGACUCCACGGCGGAAGUCGGUGAUGGAGGCUGGGUCGCCGCCGUCAUCGUCGUCGGAAGAUGGCGCUAUAAGGAUACCAAGGAAAAGUAGUAGUGAUGGGACGACGGUGGAUGGUUAUUAUCGGCCGUACUGAGAAUGAAUUAUUUAUUUGAUUAUUUCCAUUCUUUUAAAUGUAAUUUAAUUAUUCUUUCCAAUUUAUUUAAUUACUUUUACAUCUUUUUUCCAACAAAUUCUGUAAUUUCUUUUCAUAUAAAUGUAAAGUUCCCGGUUGCUUCCAAAAUAUACGCUACCGAAUACCGUUCGGUUUAAGGCUCGAUAAUUUCAUGGUUUUAGACAAAUAACCGUAG